GUUUCAUUAAUGGAAAGGGGACGUAAAGUUGACAGGAGGAUCAGCUAGCGUCCUUGUAACAGAACAAGCUUUCAGGAAAUAAAACCUGGUUUCACGGCGAGAUAAUAACCUGCCACAGACUAAAAACAGAUGGCGCAGUGGUGCCAGCUGCAGAUGCUGGACAGUAAGUACCUGGAGCAGGUGGACCAGCUGUACGAUGACUCCUUCCCCAUGGACAUCCGGCAGUACCUGAGCAGGUGGAUCGAGAGCAUCGACUGGGAUACGGUGGCGGUGCAGGACUCGCUGGCCACCAUCCGCUUCCACGACCUGCUGGCGCAGCUGGACGACCAGCACAGCCGCUUCGCUCUGGAGAGCAACUUCCUGCAGCAGCACAACUUCCGCAAGAUCAAGAGGAACCUGCAGGAUCGCUUCCAGGAGGACCCCGUUACCAUGGCGAUGAUCAUCUCCAGGAACUUGAAGGAGGAGCAGAAGAUCUUGGCCUGUGCAAAGGAAGCCGAGCAGGAAGGAGAAGGAACCGUGUCGGCCAUGGUGGUGGAGAAGCAGAAGCUGGACAACAAAGUGAAGGAGCUGAAAGACAAAGUUCAGUUCCUGGAUCAGAUGCUGAAGAACCUGGAGGACCUGCAGGACGAGUACGACUUCAAGAUGAACACGCUGAAGAACCAGAACGAGCUGAACGGCAUGUCGGCGAAGGAGCUGGAGAAGGAGAAGUUCAACACGGCCAGGAUGUGCAUCGAGCUGAAGCAGAAACGCCACGACGUGGUGUCCUUCCUGAGCGAGCUGCUGAACCUCACCCAGAGUUUGAUCCAAGACCUGAUCAACGAGGAGCUGCCGGAGUGGAAGCAGCGGCAGCAGAUCGCCUGCAUCGGCGGCCCGCCCAACGCCUGCGUGGACCAGCUGCAGAACUGGUUCACCGCCGUCGCCGAGUCGCUGCAGCAGGUCCGGCAGCACCUGAACAAGAUGCUGGAGCUGGAGCAGAAGUUCACCUACGAAAACGACCCGAUCUCCCAGAAGAAGAGCCACCUGGAGAACCGCGCUCUGGACCUGCUGAAGAACCUGCUGUCCAGCUCUCUGGUGGUGGAGCGGCAGCCCUGCAUGCCCACACACCCACAGAGACCGCUGGUGCUGAAAACAGGCGUCCAGUUCACCGUCAAGCUCCGGUUCCUGGUGAAGCUUCAUGAGUUCAACUACCAGCUCAAAGUCAAAGCCGUGUUCGAUAAGGACGUCACAGAGAAGAAAGGGUUCCGUAAGUUCAACAUCCUGGGAACGAACACCAAGGUGAUGAACAUGGAGGAGUCCAACGGCAGCCUGGCGGCCGAGUUCAGGCAUCUGCAACUGAAGGAGCAGAAACUGGCCGGGAACAGAACCAACGAGGGUCCGCUGAUCGUCACCGAGGAGCUUCACUCGCUCAGCUUCGAGUCGGAGCUGCACCUGAACCAGUCCGGUUCUCCAGGACUCCACAUCAAGGUGGAGGCCAUGGCUAUGCCCCUCGUCGUCAUCUCCAACGUCUGCCAGCUGCCCAGCGGCUGGGCCUCCAUCCUCUGGUACAACAUGCUGACCACAGAACCCAAAAACCUCAAGUUCUUCCUGUCGCCGCCGUCCGCCAAGUGGUCCCAGCUGUCCGAGGUGCUGAGCUGGCAGUUCUCCUCCGUCACCAAGAGAGGCCUGAACCAGGAGCAGCUCAACAUGCUGGCCGACAAGCUGCUGGGAGCAAAAGCUCAGAGGAAUCCAGACGGGACGAUCCCCUGGACCAAGUUCUGCAAGCAAAGCGCCAAUGAGAAAUCGUUCCCCUUCUGGCUGUGGAUCGAAGGAAUCCUGGACCUUAUCAAGAGACACCUGCUGUCGCUGUGGAACGACGGCUGCAUCAUGGGCUUCAUCAGCAAGGAGAGGGAGAAGGCGCUGCUGAGCGACAAAUGUCCCGGGACGUUCCUGCUGAGGUUCAGCGAGAGCAGCAAGGAGGGCGCCAUCACCUUCACCUGGAUCGAGCACGACGUCCACGAUAAGCCCGUCUAUCACUCGGUGGAGCCGUACACCAAGAAGGAGCUGUCGGCCGUGUCGCUGCCCGACAUCAUCCGCACCUACAAGGUGAUGGCCGUGGAGAACAUCCCGGAGAACCCGCUGCGCUUCCUCUACCCCGACAUCCACAAGGACAAGGCCUUCGGGAAAUACUACCCCAAACCCUCAGAGACUCAAGAGCCGAUGGACACGGACGUCCAGGAGAUCCGCGGCUACAUGAAGACGGAGCUGAUCUCCGUGUCUGAAGUACCCCCGUCCAGACUGCAGGACAACAUGAUGCCCAUGUCGCCUGACGACUACAAGGUGCUGGAGCGAUACGUCAGUCCCAGAGACAUCGACGCUGUGAUGGACCUGCAGGACUUUGUCCCUCAGAUGAGUUCAGAGUUUCAGGAUGAGAACUGAAGACAAUCUGCCGCCGUUUCUCCGUCCCUCCUGGUCCUGAUCCUGGUUCUGGUUCUGGUCCUGGUUCUGGUCCUGGUUCUGAUCCUGGUUCUGAUCCUGGUUCUGGUCCUGGUCCUUCAUCCCUCCUGGUCCUGGUUAUGAUCCUGGUUCUGGUCCUGGUCCUUCAUCCCUCCUGGUCCUGGUACUGGUUCUGAUCCUGGUUCUGGUCCUGAUCCUGGUUCUGGUUCU